CCUUUAUGAUCCCGGGGUCUCCCACCUUUCUCAUCAGACCUCUCCGAGAAGAUAUCUCGAGCGCACACGCGAACACUCCACUCUGUCUUUGCAAGAGAUUCACAGCAGCAGCAGCAGCAGCAAGAGCGGCGGCGGUGACAGUAACCUGAGAGGGCACGGCAUCCCAUACUGCAACCAGACACUGCACUGAGUCUUCACAGGCGACAACGAGAAGAGGAGGACUCUUUUACAGCAGUUUUGGAGGACUGCAGAAGAAAGUACAAUUUAGCGUCGCUAAUCCGCCUCGCAAAACAAGAUUUGUAUUUCUCUGUCCGGCUGUCCAAACUUGUAGUGCCAUAAUGUCUGAGAUCAUGCCAUACAGCGAGGGGAAGAUGGCUGGCUACGGAACUGAUAGUGAAAGUCAGAUUUCUUUCAGCUGUCGACUGCAAGACACCAACACCUUCUUCGGGGGGUCGCAGCCCAAGAGACCACCUAAGCUGGGACAGAUCGGCAGAGCCAAGCGAGUGGUUAUUGAAGAUGACAGAAUAGACGACGUGCUGAAGGGAAUGACAGACAAGUCUUCGCCCGGCGUGUAAACGACACAAACUGACAACACGUUUUUUUUUUCCUAACCGAUUUGAAAGCACUUUUGGCUGUGCAUGUGUUCGUGGAUUGUAAACAGAAAGAGAAACAAAGAAGAAAAAGAAAGGCGGAUGAAAGAUGAAAACAAGAGGAAAGAAGAGCGAAAGCGAAAGAGGGGUUGUUGUGGUUGCUGGCAAAUCUCCAAACCAACACUGAUUUCUUCAAACCAGCACUGCUCAGAAACAAUGAUGGGGUGUCUGACCGGAGCGGCUCCGUCUUUCCGCCUCAGCCGAUGUGUUGCGAUGGAUGGACUUGCCAUUUCAGAACCACCAUUUUUUUCUUCCGAGAUGAGCUGUAAAAAAAUAAAUAAAAUGAAUGAACUGGAAGUUGAAACCAUUGUAAGCACCAUUCCAUAGCUGUACAGUUCACGAGCUUCAAGUUAAUUUCAAUACAUGCAUAACUAAGGUUAAUCAAAAGCAAAGCCGCUUUCAAAGAGAGCUGUCCAUUUCAGCACCAGCCGAAUCCGAAUGCAUUCCAAACAGAGAGCGGCAUUUCUAUCACGCACGGGCAGGUCAGACGCACGUCCAGUUCAGAUCUUGAGCGUUUUGUUAAGACCUGUAUGUACCCUUUGAGAAAGCACGCAGAGACUGUGUAUUACUAUGGAGCUGCCCCGUCGAGUAAAUAACAAUGCUAUUGAAAAAUAAUUGAUUAAAGGAGUCCAAUGUAUACUUCAUGUAUUUAUUUAUUUAGCAGUCGUCUUUCCAGCAACAUAUUUUACUGAACGUCAGUAAGGAUUACUGUUGUUUUUGUUAUAAGAUGAAAUCCGAUGUACAGAACUGAAUUUAUUAUUCAGAUUUUUUUCACGUUCCACCAUCAUAAACACCAGUAAAGCCCCGCUCUGUCCGAAAUAAAGAACUAUAGGAAGAUUUGUUUAAGCAAAACGCCAGCAGGGAUUGUAUAAAAUGAAUCAUUAAAAAAGACAAAGAAAAAACAGAUUUUGCAAAAAAAAAAAAAAAAAAAAGAAA